AUGCCGGCAAGCAUGCUGCAGGAGAUCAAGGAGUUUGGCUCGCAUGCCAUCGAUAUCUAUGACUACCUCGUCGCAGGAGUUGAUCCUCGGCUGAAGGAUCACUUCCUGAUGCAAAGUCCUAUUCCUAUGACUGUAAUUUUGCUGUGCUACCUGUUCUUUGUACUGUACCUGGGCCCUCGCAUGAUGGCCAAUCGCAAACCCUUCCAGCUGAAGGAAGCCAUGAUUGUCUAUAACUUUGCUCUAGUUGCCCUAUCUAUAUAUAUCGUCUAUGAGUUCUUGAUGUCUGGAUGGGCCACGACGUAUACUUGGCGAUGUGACGCAAUCGAUACGUCUGACAGCCCUCAAGCACUUAGGAUGGUCGAGGUUGCUUGGCUAUUCUGGUUCUCCAAAAUCAUUGAGCUCAUGGACACAAUGUUCUUUGUUUUGAGAAAAAAGAGCGGCCAGAUCACCUUCCUCCACAUCUUCCACCACUCUUUUAUGCCCUGGACUUGGUGGUGGGGAGUCGGCUACGCUCCCGGUGGGAUGGGAUCCUUCCACGCGAUGGUGAAUUCUUCCGUCCACGUCAUCAUGUACUUUUACUACUUCCUGGCUGCAGCCGGACCUCGCUUUCAGAAGUUCCUAUGGUGGAAGAAAUACAUGACUGCCAUUCAGCUUACCCAAUUUGUCCUGGUAUCACUUCACGCGACUCAGUAUUACUUCAUGGACAGCUGCGACUACCAGUUCCCCAUGAUCAUUCACUUGGUGUGGAUGUACGGCACCUUCUUCUUCGUGCUCUUCUCCAACUUUUGGGUACAGGCGUACGUGAAGGGCAAGCGGCUACCCAAGCAGGACAUCAAGUCGUGCCAUAACGGCUCCGCCCCCGCUCUCGCCGUGUACGCCAAUGGCAAGCGCUACGAGAACGGCGUAAAACACGGCACGAGCAAUGGCUCGGCCCACCACGAAAACGGCAGCGCGCCCAUGGGCAAGAUGAAGAAGGCCUAG